AUGGAGGUCCACGAGGUUGCCUCUGAACUGAGUUACAAAACCGCUAUUGGUUAUAAUCCUAAGGAACAAAAGCAUGUCCAUCAAAUAGCUCCGAAUGAUUCUGUAGUUAUGAAAAAGCUUAGAGAGGGUAUUACGAAUUUAGGAGGAGAACGGGAUUGCAACGUUAUUGAGAGCUGGCCAUCUCUUGAUCAAAAUGAUAUAAAACUUACACAUACCAAAGCAUAUAUAGAUGUACUGUUGGCCAUCACAUCCAUGAGUCAAACAGAAAUUGAUGAGUUCUGUAGAACAUUCAAAUAUAUGUAUUUCACACCUAAAUCUUUAUUAGCAGCCUUAGAAGGGGUAUCAUGCUGUCGAACGUUGGCGGAGCUCAUAAUGGAAGAUAAGAUUCCCAACGCUUUUGCUAUAGUACGUCCGGGAGGACACAAUGUAGAUACUAAUCUACCUGAAAACAAUUGUAUUUUGAACAAUAUCGCUCAAGCUGCUGAGUCUGCGUUUAAUUUUGGAGCUGAUAGAAUCCUUGUUGUUGAUCUCUCUCCUUAUCACGGAAAUGGGACUCAACGAUUGUUUUAUGGUGACAAAAGAGUAAUGCAUAUAUCCAUCCACAUUGAUGGGGAGCAUUCUGAUAUCACACCUGAAGCAGAAUCGAAGAGUCGUUAUGUUGGAUACGGCGAGGGCACAGGAUAUAAUGUCAAUAUAAAAAUAGCGAAAGAAAAGUAUUACGAUCUUGAUUUCAUCAAAAUUCUUUUUAAUGUUAUCUGGCCAAUCGCUUCGGAUUUCAAUCCUCAUAUGGUUAUUGUACCUCUUGGGUUCGAUAGUGUUUUAGAACAAUCUGCUGAUUUGUACUCUCACCUUGUAUAUCAUCUGAAAGCUCUGGCUAAAGGCAAACUACUCAUGAUCUUAGAGGAGAUUGGGAAUGUUGAGGAGGCGGCCAUAAAAAUUGAACGUUGUCUCCGAGUUUUGAAAGGAUCGCCUCCGAUACCUCUGGUGAGAAAUCCUUCCGUGAUAUCGAGUAGUACAUAUGCUUGUUUAAAAGCUAUUACAUAUCAUAGACGUUUUUCGCCAAGUUUGAAGUUUUAUCACAGCUCAACUAACAGAUCAGUUCAUCGUUUGAUGAAGCGUAAGUUAAAAACGUAUCCUUUGAGCAUAUCAAACAAUUACCUUGAGGAAGACUUCAAUGCUCCACAAGCCGAAGGGUUGCAGUUUAAAACGUAUGUAUAUUACAAUGACGAUGACCACACUCAUCACAGUGUGGCAACUGCAAAGCAUCCCGAAAGGCCUGAAAGGACUAAACAGAUUAUUGAAAAAUUCCGAGCUGACGGACUUGAUAGUCAGUGUCAUAUGGUGGUCAAUCAAAGGUUCGCUACUGAAGAAGAAAUCAUGUUGGUUCAUGAACGUCCUCACCUCCAAGAUCUAAUAAAAACGCAAAGUAUGACUAAUGAAGAACUUCGAAGAAGAGAACAAGAUCUCGAUUCUAUCUACUUCACGAACAGUUCUUUUCAAGUAGCAAAAAAAGCUGUUGGAGCUGUGCUCGAGUGUGUUGAUCGAGUAUUAGAGGAAAGAAAAUCCCUAUUGGGACUGACUAAUGCGUUCGCAGUAGUUCGGCCACCAGGCCACCAUUCUGGAAUAUCCAACGCAAGCGGAUUUUGCCUCUUGAAUAAUGUUGCUAUUGCUACAGAGUAUGCUAUGAAAAAAUAUGAUGUCAAAAAAGUUUUAAUUGUUGACUGGGAUGUCCAUCACGGCAAUGGCACGCAGGAAAUAUUCUAUUCAAAUGAGAACGUCUUGUUUGUUUCAAUACAUAGACAUGAUAAGGGAAUCUUCUAUCCAAUGGGAGAACCCAAAGAGGCUACAGAUGUUGGAAUCGGCAAUGGAAUUGGUAAAACUGUGAACAUCCCGUUCAGUGGAAGUGUAAUGGGUGAUGAGGAAUAUGAACUUGCUAUCACGAAAAUUAUCAUGCCCAUUGCCUAUGAGUUCAGUCCAGACCUAGUGUUCAUAUCAGCUGGUUUUGAUGCCGCUCGGGGAGAUCCCCUCGGUGAAUAUGAAGUGUCACCAGAGGCCUAUGGUUUAAUGGCACACUUCCUUGGCUCCAUUGCGGGAGGACGCGUCAUCACAGUCUUAGAAGGAGGUUAUAACAUUGAUUCGAUUUCUCGGAGUGCCUCUGCUGUUUGUGAGACAAUGAUCAAUCGGAGCUUCAAAAAAAAUUAUCGCGAUCCAUCAGUUGUUAAACCUAAAUCCUACAGCCCCAGUGCCUUGGCCACAAUUCGAGAAGUAGUUUCGGUUCAACAAGAAUAUUGGAACAUGCUCAAAGGAUUCCAGGUUGAUAAAGAGUGGAUGGAUGAGGAAAAGCCGCCGGGAAGUCCUGAAAGACUUGAUGAAGAACCCAAUUUCGGAUCAUUGCAUUGCGUUACCCCUCUUACGAGCUGUCCUCAUCUAGCAGUGGUGGAGCAGGUUCCCGAAAUCGGAAUAGACAUCAAUGCCGAAUGUCUUUGUUGUCAAAUCAGAGCAGAAAUCUGGAUAUGCUUGUGUUGCUAUCAACCUCACUGUGGUCGGCAUAUUAAUCAACACGCAGUCUCUCAUUAUACAAGUUCCAAUCAUCCCUUGGCUCUCUCUUUAGCUGAUCUCGCAGUUUGGUGUUAUCCCUGUGAUGCUUACAUACACAAUGAUGUUCUUUACCCAGCGAAGAACGAAGUGCAUAAGAAGAAAUUUGGAGAUUCUAUUCCUCAACCCAGCAACUAA